AUGGCGGCCUCUCGAGGCUGGGACUGCCACCCUGCUCUGACAAAGAGGAUGUUUCGCCGUAUAGUGGGCAUGCUAAAGCUAGUCUCUGCGAAGGUCUUCAGGACCUGGGUGGAGGAAAGUGAUUCAAAGUUCUACUGUGAGCUGUGUGACAAACAGUAUGUGAGACACCAACAGUUUGACAACCACAUCAACUCCUAUGACCAUCACCACAAGCAGCGACUGAAGGAUCUGAAACAGAGGGAGUUUUACCGAGCGCUGGGCUGCAGAAGACAGAGGAAGCGCAGGGAGAAGAGAGUGGCGAUUGUACAGAGGAGGCUCCAGCAACAAGAGGAAAGAAAGACAGAAGAGUGUGCCCCUGGUUCUGGUCCUAUGUUCCGAUCCACUACUGUGGCCGUCAAUCCAGUGAGUCAGACCAGACGGGAGAACAACUGGGUCGACAUGUACAAAGGCAGCUCCGCGCUAGAGACAAAUUCUCAAAUACCACUGAUUGAGCCUUUUCUUCCCGUGGACCCUGCGCUAGACCCCGGACGUCUGAGCAACAGAGAGUUGAUGUGUGAACAACUGGAAACCAAGGAUGCAGCUACAACUGCUACAGUUAAACCCUGCAUUAUCAGGAGGACGCCUCUGGACUGCAGUGACCUUAAAAACACCACCGUUCUGCCACACUACACCAUCACUACCAACGCCGGCAUGGGCGCGGAAAAAACAAAUGCUUUGAACGCCACAACAAGAAGACGUUUUAACAAGAUCCCAUGGGCUCAUAACCACCGGCAUGGGCGCGAAAAAAACAAAUGCUUUGAACGACACAACAAGAAGACAUUUUAA